GUUCUUUUGUUGAAACCGGUGACUUGAUUGAUGCCCUUGGAAGCAUGCAGCAGCAGUUGAUCGAUGGGUUCAUCAUCGACCACCUCGAGGCGACGACGACUCGCCCGGCCAAGGGUGCCGCAUCGCAUAACCACGUCACAUACGAUUCCUGCGGGCGGAAAGUCAUCACGAUAGCCAGCGACGCCAAGCCCACUUGUCGUGUGCCCCGCAGCCCCCGAGAAGGAAAGCAGCAUCCUAUCGUACUUCCGAGCCAUGCGAAGCGACUCAUGCAGUCCGCGUGCGCCGACCUGCGCCUUUUCGACGACGACGCCACCACCGACCGGAGGCACGUCUACACGGCGCCGUCCCCGCGAUCGUCCCGCUGCUGCCCCCCUCCGUCUCCUCGCCCCACGAGUGUGCAUGGCAACAGCACCCGUCGACAUGCCGACGACGUCGUUCCCACCGCCUUUCCAGCUAUUUCAACCACCGCCACACGUAGUCCUCAGAGCAGUCCUCGCCGCCGCCGCCGCGUACUUCGAAGCGAAGCGGUGGUGGAUGAGUCGUUGCAAAGCCCCCAGAAACCACCUUUGGAUGCGUGGGGCGUUCCCCGCGAGCACAUUCUCGAGUUUAUCCGCCUCUCCGUGCUCCCGUGCACUUGGGCCAUGAAUAUCAAGUCCAUGGGCGAGUGGCGGUCCGCCGACGACAACGACAACGAGGAUGACACGAGGCAACAUGCGACAUCGUCCCAUCGGCAGCAUAGCGCCGCCGCCGCCGCCGUCAUCUCGACCAUCAAAUUCUCACAGCAGCAAGGCGCUAGUCACUUGCCCCAUCUUGUUGACGCCAGAGAUCAUCCACAGUACGACCUGGGCCGCAAGUCUCCACAAGCCAAACAGCGCGUUUUGGGCACCCGUAGCAAUGCGAUUUCGUCGGCGCCGCCGGUGCCGGCGGUGCUGACGUCGCGGGACUUGACCGUCGAAGCGCGAAUCCACCACAUGCUUGUGGAGCUGCAGCAAGAUCCACGGGCAUGGGAGCAAUUCCAGCGCCGUAUCAAAGAGUUUCAAGACUUGAAGAAGAAAGGCACGGAAGUCGAUAUUGUCCAGGGUAACAAGGCGAAAGCAUUCACGGUGCCGCCGCCAGCUUACCGGGACGAACGGUCCAAACUUCGCAAGGAGCAGCAGGUGCAGAUCAAAGCCAAGCACAAAGCCCAGCUUGAGAUGGAGCACCAGCGGCGACUGGAGCAACUGGACCGCCGCGCGCAUAAACUCUUAGAGCAACGCAGGCGCUUGGCGUGUCAGAGCCAGGGGCGGCUGUGGCUCAAGGUGGUCGCGGUCGUCGUGAUCACGUCCACGUGGCAGCGGCUCCUAGCCGCUGAGAAGAAGCGCAAGUCCGUCGAGUUCCGCCAAGUCUCGGCCGUGUGUCUGAUCCAGCGCGUAUGGCGACGCAAGGUCCACCUCUCCAACUCCAAAGCCAUGCUGCAGAUCAUCCUCAAAACGAGGCAAAUCCUGUGGAGUUUGACCUUCAAGCUGAUGUGCAAGAACAAGGCCAAGGCGGGCGGCGUCCUGCGGCGGUUCCUCGUCGACUACUUCAACGGGAGCUCGGAAACUGGCAACUUUCGCGUCAUGAUGGCGCGGUGGCGGUGGCGGGUCAUCCACGCCCAGCGCGCGAGCAAGGCGUUUUUAAGCUGCAGCCGCGCGCGCAUGGUCGCGCUGUCGCUGCUGUGGGACAACGCCGACCGGGAGCGCCAGCGGACCGAAAAGUUGCAGCUGCAGCAAAACAAAACGGUGCUCGUGACGACCUCCAGCGGCGGCGCACAGGCGGCAGACUUUGGCGCGGAUACGAGCGCGCAAUUGGCAACGACGCGGCGGCUGCUGCGGACGGGCAUCCAGGAAGAAUCGCUCGACGAGAUGGAGCAGCAGCUCAGCGUCAUGCAGACGAUGCUGACUCCCAUCGAGUUCCAGCGCAUGCAGCAUCAUGCCCACCAUGUCGUGCGCAUUCCAAAGAGGUAAUGUGAUGAGUGUAAGGAACUCGAGAUGCAUUGAAGAUGGGGAUAUGGAUAUAGCAUUAAGGCGAAGCUGCUGAUGCAGUAUUUGGCCGCCAAGCGAGCGGAAAACAUCCAAGCGAUGCAGGAAUACGCUGCACAUGUGGCGUCCAACACGAGCUCGAGGUAACCAAGGACGCGGGCGUGACAGUAGAAUAAUGCUCAUGGCGAGUGUGUAGACAAGUCCAAGUGAGCGAUGCGCGGGCUAUCGUACAGAAUGGCGCGUGGGGCACGAUGAUUGGUGGAUCCCCUGCACAGUUAGACCCCAAGCCCAAGGUGACGUACCCUGUCUUCACGUUGUACUCCAAGAACAUGGGCGGCGAGAUGCGGAAGCUCAUCAACGAAGGCAUUGCCAUGACGCUGGAGCAAGACCCCGAGCAGCGGCGCUUGGUGGAGACACAGAGACAGGGUGCCUCCUCCUCUGCUGAAGGGGCUCCAUCAAGCAGAAGGCUGUCUGUCUACACCAUGCCAGGCGCCGGCGGUCGCCGCAACGGCAAGGACGCGGCAAUGGCCAAGUUGUUUGAGCACAAAAAGCUCCAGAUGUAAAUAGAACAAAUCUCAUUGGCUGCUAAAUUACGACCAAUCAAAUCGUG